AUGCCAAAGUGGAUAAAGGUCUGUCAAGAGCCAAAACUAACGAUAUUUUCACAUCUACGACAACAGCAGCAAAGUCGGCUAAAUACACUGGUGAAAGAAGAAAAGGAUGAGCAAAAUGACAGUAGCAUGGAAAGGGAGUUGGACCCACCUGCUGACUUUCGCAGACACCGUUUACAAAAUUUAAAAAAUGCCAUAAUUAAAUUUCCUUCUCGGUAUUCUGCAUUUCAGGAUCUCUUCUCACAGCUGCAGUUCUCGCAGGAAAUUGCCAUGCCAUCAGAUACACUGCGUCGUACCCUGGCCGAAGGUUUUCUCGAUCAGCAGAGGUUCCAACUUGGAUUCAUGGACGAGGCUGCUGAAUGUUUCGAGAACAUUUUGCUUCGUAUCCAUCUGCAUGUUGCAAGAAAUGAAUUAGAAGAUGUAUGCAACGCCCGACACUGCGUGCCACAUCAAAAAUUUGCCAUGACCCUUGUCGAACAGAGUGUUUGUGCAGUUUGUGGAGUUACUUCUAAUCCUCUUCCUUUUACUCAGAUGGUACACUAUGUGUCAGCAUCAGCGCUUACUUCACAAGCCUGCCAAACUUUACGACCAACAUCACAAAGCAAUUCAGACUCGUUUGGUCAUCUAUUACGACGAGCUGGUGGAAUGGAAAAUAUUCGUGACUGCUCUAAUUCCUGUGGUGCAAAAAUUCAAAUCCAUCGAACUCUUAUCAAUCAUCCUGAAGUUUUUUCUGUUGGUGUCAUCUGGAACAACAAGAAUCCCUCUUUCGACCAAAUUAUGGAUGUAUUUUUUACAGUAGGUACGUCAUUACGCCUCUGUGACGUGUUUCACAACGUUGUAGACACGCGCUGGGCCACAUUAACGACACACAAUCUCGUUGGAAUGAUCACCUUCUAUGAAAAACAUUAUUCCACUUUUUUCUUUCACUCAAAGCUGAAAGUGUGGAUCAAUUUUGACGAUGUCACUGUCAAGGCAAUUGGACCAAGUUGGAAUAAUGUUGUGGACAAGUGUCAGCAAGGUCGAUAUCAGCCAGUAUUAUUGCUUUACGCGACUCCUUGUGAUAUUCCAGUCCAUACGGAAAACAAACCAAAUGCGAUGAUAUCAUUUUUCGAAAGCUGUAUGGUUGAAAGUUCCAGUAAAAAGUAUAUGAGUAUGGUUGAAAAUAAUAGCAUAAAAAGAUCGAUAACUCCAAGUCCCGAAAAACCGUCAGUUCAAAGUACACCUAGGCGAGCUAUCACACCAGAUUCAGACAACCAAUUUCAUGCGUUACAUAGCCAGCAGAAAACACUGGGAGAUUAUCAGAACUUACGAGACUUUGAAUGUAAUGAAUUAGAGAAUAAGGUGAGGAUAGAAAUCAAUGAUGUCAGCAGUGAGUCAACGUAUAUAAGUAGAAAAACAGUUGAAAGUAUUGUACACCACCAAAAGAAAAGUAUUGAGCUAGCCCAUAAUCUUAGAACAGGUUCCAUGCCUCAAGAUGGAAUUAGCAUUCCAGAGCAUUUAAAUGUACCAAGGUGGCGAGAUUCAGGAAACUGGUCAGGAGAUCGAAAUAGCGCAUCGUCAAGUUCUUCAACUACAAUGGACAAUCCAUACUUAUUCACUGUAAAUAAAAUGCAAAAAGACGCUGGUUUAUCAAAGAGCCCGAUCAACAAAUCUGGAGAGCUGUACAGCAACAGUAGUGGACAGCAUGAUGGUGGUUAUGAUUCUUAUUCAUUGUCUUCUACUGACAGCCUUCCACUUCAACAAGGGUUGAAGCAUAAUUUGCAGCUUGCACAAAUACCAGAAAACGACCAGCAGGUACUAACAGACGAUUGUAAGAAAUUAUGGAAAGAAAUGGAUGCUCUUAUGGAAAUAGCGCAAGUUGCAGAGUUAGCUGGUAACCUUGAAAGAGCAGUAAUACUGUGUACUGCUGCUGGUAGCAAGGCAAGGGAAGCUAUGAAUAUUCCUUAUAGUAACUCAAAUACUAUUGACUUAGCGCAAAAAAAACAUAAUUAUUGCGUAAUGAGAAUAAGUUAUUUACAGAAAAAAAUCAAGCAAGAGCAAUUAAUAUCUUACAAUGGAAAAGAAGAGAAGAUUGAAAAUAGAUAUUCACGAGAAACUAGUAAGUCUUGUCAGCAUUUACGUCAAAGUUCGAGAGACAAAGAAAACUACUCUAGACAAAAUAGUCGAGAACUGUUAGUCAAUACAUCGGGUACAGUAAAUAAACUAACAAAUAAAAGUAUUGAGAUCUAUGCUACUCUGCCGAAAAAAAAAGCCUUAAAGAGUAAAGUAACAUCAGCUAACGUAAUUGAAGAUGAAGAAUAUAUGUUUAAAGACUAUUCCACUCAACGUCCUACUCACAGUCAAGAGCGCAAUAAAAAUGUAGCAAAGGAAUUAUUAACUUCUUCAUCAAAACCGAUAUCGAAGUUAUUAAAGUCUGAAAAAUCUAAAGAUAUUGUAGAAACUAUUAGUUCAAAAAGUUUAUCCUCAAGUUCUGUUUCUGUAGGUGACCAAAAACAAGGACGGAAGCAGCAUAAAAUUAGAAGAAAACUAAUGAUGGGAGGACUGAUCAAACUGAAAAAUCGGAGUAUGCCAGAUCUCAGAAAAGGUCAAGAUGAAAAAAAUAAGUUAAACUCUGAAGGUUCUUGUAAGAUAUUAUCAAAACAAUCUGUUGAUGACAUAAGUAUUGGUCUGAAAGGAAAAAACGCUUUAGCAUUAAUGAGUGGAAAUCUUUCCGAGGGCCAUUUAGAGUUCGAGGGUAGUAAUAGCGGCAGUAAUGAAAGCUCAGGAAAUUUUAACUCUGAAAAAAGUCGUAUGAUGAGUGAGAGUUUCCAUAGCAGUUCGGGCAAAAAACUACAUCUAGCUAAGGUUCCUCCUCCACCACCGCUUCGGACUACUUCUCAACUAAGCAAGUCCAAAGCUGUGAUUAAAGUACAUGGCAGUAAGCAAAAGGCAGAGCAAUUUCCCUCCCCACUGAUCAUUAAAGAGACCAUUCUAGAUCAGUCACAAGCUCAGAUCAAUGGCUUAUGCAGUUACACAAAUGCUAACCAUUCCAUGCAAACGGACCAUCUAGCUUUAAACUGCUUGAAAUAUUCUACGGAGGAAUGUUCCUUACCAUUUGUAUCAUCUUAUGAUAUUUAUCAAAACGAUUCCUCGCUGCAAAUGCUAAAAAAAAGAUAUGAAAGCAAAACUCAAGCUCAAGGCGAAAAUCUAUACGCCAGUGGAAUUUUGUAUAAUCCAACUCUAGUUGUGACUCAAGCUGAUGUUCAUAAUGAACAAUGUAGCAAUAAGCAAACAACAAGUAAUGAAGCACUCAUAUCUUACUCUGAAAAUCAAAGUUUUUCCCAUUCAAGACAGCCGAGUGAAGAGCUCCCUCCACCACCAUACCCAAUUGUCCAAUCAGUCACUCACUCUCGGCAAGCAAGUGAAGACUUUCCACCUCCACCACCACUAGUAAAAGAUAAUAAUCAUAUUCAAAUACACAACACUGCUAACUUUCAACAGUUAUUACUUCAACAAUCAAAUAAAAAUCAAACUCAGAAUAAAUUUGAGCAACAACAGUUUACUAAUCUUCUGACUCAAUUGAAACUGAGUAGAAAACAGUUAAAAGCAUUUGAAAUAUUAGAAAAGCAAAAAAAUGAUUCGUGCAUAAAAGAAAAGAAAAUAGUGCAGAAUGAAGCUUGGUUGAGAGGCUUGCAAGCUGAACAAGCUCAAAGAAACAUUGAUAAACAAAUCGUCCAAAAGAAAGAAGUUCCAAUAGAGACAAAUUUUAUGCAACAAACUCCUGGAAAUUUGAAUUUAAAACCUGCUGAUUUUAAGAUAAAAACAGUAAUUAAUUCAGAUACUGACCAGGAUGUUGUUGAUUAUCUACAAGCAUCAGCAACUACUGUAAAAGAAAUAGCAGCUCAGUUUGAACGAAAAAAUGAUGAAAAGUUAUUAGAGUAUGUAUUUCCUAGUUCUCUUGUAACUAUUGUGCAAGAUCAUCUAAACUCUAAAGAAUCAGAACAUUUAGGACUCUUAAGAAAUAAAGUACCUGUCAUUAGUAAGUCUAAAAAGGACUGUAUAGAUAAUUCUGUGGAUUCAAGUAUUCAAUUAAAAGAGAGUCAAGGUACAUUUACUACUUCACAAAGUACAUAUCACAAUGGCUUCAAUUCUACGAUACUAUCAACAUCAAUAACGUUACCUCAUGACAAUGGUUUACCUAUUGACUGUCCAGAUAAUGAUAUCAGUGAAAUGGCUUUGCAGAAUACAAUUCAAAAUACAAUCAUUUUGCCUAGCAAAGAAGACACAAUUCUGCAAAAAAAAUCGGUUAGUAAAAAAAAAAGUGUCUCAUUUUGCGAUCAAGUUGUUCUUGUAGCAACCGAAGAUGACGAAAAAGACUCCUACAUUCCCAAUCCAAUUUUAGAAAGAGUUUUGCGUUCUGCAAAAAAUAAACCAGAAACAACUCAAGUUUUGCACGAGAUCAAAAACCUUAAAGAAGCUAAAUUAAACUGUGAAACAACUGCUUCAUUGAAGCUCCAACAACACACUUUCCCUUUAAAAUGCGACGAUAAUAGUAUACCUGUCACUCUAUUCCAAGAAAAAUUAGGAAGCAUUAGCUCUAUCCCUAUAAAUACAGAUCUCACGAAUACAAACAAACAUCCAAUUAAAUCAUUGUUUCAUGAUAACAAAAGAAUCGAUUAUUCUCGUAAUACUGAAAAAAAAGAAAUAGUGAAAGAAACUUAUUCAAAUGUACUUCAAUUUGCACAAAUCCCCUUAACUAGAUCAUCUCCAUUUCAACAACAAAUCCGUAACUCACAAAAUAAUCAUCCACUACCACAGCAACAAUCACAAAUAUUAAUCCAAAGCCAAAGUAGUUAUCCUCAAAUUCAUAUGUUACAUCCAAAACACCAAAAUAUUCAGUUAUCUCACAUGCAAAAACGAGAAAAUCCUUAUCCAGUACUGCUAAAUUGUCAAUAUUUAAGUAAUAGUCUAGAACAAAAGACCAAGAGUCAAAAAAAUACUAAUUCCGACCAUCAGUUCAAAAAACAAAAUAAUCAAAUGAAUAAACAGCCCUUAGGUCAACAGCAACAAAAUUUAAGUAAUCUACGACUACAAAACUCAUCGGCCACUAUAACUUCAAUUCAAAAGCCACAACAUAAUAUUAUGAAUAUAGAUAAAAAAUUUCAAAGCCAAAGUUCAAGCCUUUGUACGAUGCAACAACAAUUACAACAGCAGUAUUCGGAUAUAUCAAAUGGACUCUGCACAAGUUCUAUUCCAGAAAGCUAUCCUAAGACUUCUCAACUUUUUAAUAAAUCUUAUCAAACACUCCCUCACCAAAGACUAAAUCGAACCCUACCACAAAAUCAGCAUCCAUUUAAUAAAGUAGCAAACUGCCAACAGAAAUUAUCUCAGCAAAUGCAACAGCAACAGUUACAACAUCAGCAAUAUCCAGACGAUAGCUUAGCAAUUGGAUAUCAACAAUGGUUGGAAUUUGAAAAUAUUCAAAAACUAUCUCAAAAAAUGGUGCAACAGACAGAUUUAUUAUUUCAAGAUCAAAAUUACGUGAAUAAUCAAAUUUUAUUACAUCCUAAAUGUACAGCACAUCAUCCGUUGCAACCAGCAAAAAAAAUAAAAUCAGUUCAACCAAUAGAACCGAAAAUUUAUCUUGCAUCAAUUAAUUCAACUGAUUUCCUAAUGGUAAAUGAAGAUACAUUAACAAAAUCUCCUGCUCAAAGAGUCAUAUCUUGCAACCUUUGUCGUAAAAAACAAGUAUGUGAACCAGCUAUUUACUGUACUGACUGUGACUUCUAUAUGUCACGCUUCCGCCCAACCAAUUAG